AUGGUUCUUGGUGGUGAUGGCCGAUACUUCAACAAGUACUCUCUGCAGGUUGUCUUGGCCAUGGCCAUUGCCAACGGCGUUUCGGAGAUCUGGGUUGGGCAGGACGGGCUGCUCAGCACCCCGGCCAUGAGUGCUGUUAUCCGCACACGCAAAGGUGGCUUUGUUCCCUUUGGUGGAUUUGUCUUGACGGCCUCGCAUAACCCCGCGGGUGUGGACGGGGACUUUGGCAUCAAGUUCAAUUGCGAAAAUGGCGAACCAGCCCCACCCAAAAUCACGGACAAGAUCUACAAAAUCUCGCAAAGCAUUUCCGAGUACAAAACCUGUACCAUUCCCAAGGUUGACUUUUCUAAAUGCGGAGUCACGACGAUCGGUGGAGCACGAGUUGAGGUUUUCAAUCCUGUCGACGACCACGUGGCACUCUUGAAAACGGUCUUCGAUUUCGAGGCUAUCAAGAAGCUCGUCCAUCGCGCAGACUUUACCUUCUUUUACGACUGCAUGCAUGGGGUACAGGGCCCUUACGCCAAGCGCUUGUUCGUUGACGAGCUCGGGGUGAAGGCGUCGUGCCUCAUGAAUGCCACGCCAAAGGAGGAUUUUGGAGGAAAGAAUUCUCCACAGAAGGGCCACGCGGAUCCGAAUCUCAGCCAUUCACUGGAGCUCAUGGCCAAACUGGCGGUCAACAAAGAGGGCAUGCGCUUGGCUUAUGACCAAUUCCCCGCGGCGAGCUUCGGUGCGGGAGCUGAUGGUGAUGCCGAUCGCAAUAUAAUCUUGGGUAAGAAUUGCUUUGUCAGCCCCGGCGACAGCCUGGCCAUCAUCCUUCAGCAUGCGCAGUGCAUUCCAUUCUUCCGAGGUGGAGUAAAAGGCUGCGCACGCUCCUUGCCGACCACAGGUGCCGUGGACCGUGUUGCCAAGAAGUACAACAUUCCCUGCUUCGUGACACCAACCGGCUGGAAGAAUUUCGGCAAUCUCAUGGAGUCAGGUACAAAACUUCCCGGGAAGACUUACACACCAUUCAUCUGUGGCGAGGAAUCCUACGGGACCAGCAGCAACCAUGUUCGUGAGAAGGACGGGAUGUGGGCUGCUAUGGCCUGGUUGCAGAUAUUGGCGAGCAAGAACACAGACCCAACAAAGCCUUUGGUCGGUGUGCGAGACUUGUGCAGGGAGCACUUCAAGGAGUUCGGACGUCACUACUACUGGCGAUAUGACUUUGAUGGCCUUGACAAGGAUGAAGCUGAUGCCACCAUGAAGAAGAUUGUGCAAGAAGGACCCAAGAUGGUUGGCAAAGAAGUAAAGGAGAUGCGCGUGCAAAGUGUGGAGGACUUUGUCUACACUGAUCCGGUGGAUGGGUCUGUCACAACAGGGGAGGGAGUCGUCCUGAAGCUUUCCGGAGAUGCCCGAGUUGUGGUGCGCUUGAGCGGGACAGGCUCCAGCGGCAAGGCCUCCAUGCGCGUCUACCUGGAAAAAUACGAAUCGCCGCAGGGCCAGUUGGAUGCAAGCGCAUUGGAGAUCACAAAACCUUUGCUUGAUGCGACAAUGAUGCUGACUCCGUUGCCAAAGCUGCUCGGCAGCUCUUUCAAAGAGAAAAUGCUGGCCAAAAAGUUGCCAUCUCAAUUCAUCACCUGGUGGUUGGGACUCUUUGAGGAGCUUUGUCAAGGUAAGAAAGGCGUCGUUCUGGAGAAGAACAUCUUGCCCGUGAGUUCUUUGCCUGACUUGAGCGGUCUACCUGUUGGCGAUGAGUCCCUCCUAUCGAAGACAGUGGUAAUGCGCCUCAAUGGUGGGCUGGGCACGACCAUGGGGCUGGACAAGGCGAAAAGCUUGCUGAAGGUGAAGGAGAGCCAUACGUUCAUGGAUCUCAUCGUGAAGCAGGUUAUGCAGAUCCAGGAGAAGCAGCCUGUACGCUUUAUGCUCUUCAACUCUUUCUCCACUGAGGCAGACACGAAGGAGUUCAUGAAAAAGUAUCCGAAUUUCCAUUCCAAGUGGGAGGCUGUUUCCUUGAAACAGUACAUGGCUCCAAAAGUCACUGACUCCAUGGCGCCGGCCAAGUACCCGAAGAAGCCCAACUGUGAAUGGUGCCCACCCGGACACGGAGACAUCUAUGCCGCUUUGCUCCUCUCCGGAACUUUGGAUCAGCUUCUUAAGGAAGGAUACAAGUAUAUGUUCGUCGCCAACUGCGACAACUUGGGGGCUUCCGUCAACAUGCGUCUUCUGGGACAUUUGGCCAGUUCGGGAGCGCCCAUGCUCAUGGAGGUCUGCAUCCGUGGUGAGGAGGACAAGAAAGGCGGUCACUUAGCCAGGACGACUGACGGCAAGUUCACACUGCGGGAGAGUGCCCAAGUCCACAAGCAAGAUGAGAAGGCCUUUGAGAACAUCUCCAGACAUCGCUACUUUAAUACCAACAACAUUUGGCUGAAUUUGGAGAAGCUGCGCAAUGCUCUGACAAAGGACGGGCUCUUCAAGCUGCCACUGAUUGCCAACGAGAAAAAGUUGGACCCGACGGGCAAGGAUGACGUCGUGUCACCUAUCCCCCAGUUCAGUGAACCGAAGCCCGGUGCAGGUUCCACUGUGGUACAAGUGGAAACCGCGAUGGGUGCUGCAAUCUCUUUGUUCCCGGAUGCCAAGGCAGUCAUAGUUCCGUCGGAUCGGUUUCUUCCAGUGAAAACGAAUGCACAGCUUGCGGUUCUUCGCAGCGAAGCCUUCACGGUGGCAGAAGAUUUCACUUUGAUGAAGGCGCCACGCCCACGAGCUCCUGUGGAUCCUUUGCUCAAGCAGCUUCCACCAAUGUUGAAAAGCUAUGCGGUCAUGGCACAUGCACAACAGCUUCAUGUGGAAGCGAAAACUCGCAAGGUUGCUGGAGUGCCUGAGCUUGCCUACACCUCGGAUGGAAAGCCCAUCUCACCCUGGCAUAGCAUCCCCCUUUUCUCGAAUGCCCUCAACGCAGUCUUCGAAAUACCGAAGAACUCCAGCGCCAUCGCUCGAGUUUCGUCCAGCACCGGGAAUCCAAUAAAGCAGGUGGUGCAAGCUGGAAAGCUGGCCUUCUUCGACGGACCUAUUUACUGGAACAUCGGCAUGCUGCCGCAGACCUGGGGGAACCCGGCCACCAGCGAUCCAACUUCCAAGCUUUGUGGCAACGACCGACCGAUGGAAGUCAUCGAAAUCGGCAACGCAUCCAUUGUGCAAGGAAUGAUCAAAGAAGUAAAGCCACUGGGUUUGCUGCCGGUGAGCUUUCAGAACAUGGUUCAUUGGAAGGUCAUCGCCAUUUGUCUUGACGACCCGCUUGCGAAACAGCUGCAUGACAUCAAGGAUGUUGAGGCCAAGUGCAAGGGUGUGAUCAGUGGCAUUCGGGAGUGGUUUCGUUGGCACCUCGUUGCACAGGGACAGCCUCUUUGUAAGGUUGAGCAGAUCAUGGCAAAGGAGAAGGCCAUGGAGGUAAUCAAGAGACAACAUGACCAGUGGCGCAGCCAUCCGACCUCGGCCAGCAAAAGCGCACAAACCCACGGUUUCGUGAAUAUGGAGGUGCCGCACUCACCCGCCCCGAGCAUGCAGUCACCAGCAGAGGUAAAAGCCCCUGUCAAGACAUGCAAGGCCGAGGAAAGCUACAUCACUUUCAUGAAAGGAGACCCUGGCACAAAGGAUUUCCAGCUCAGCUUCAAACGCCAAACCCCUCAAACCGAGAAGGCUCAAAGCACCGCUGGCAUGACGCAGACGCCCACCCAGAAAGCAGAGAUUGAGAAGAUCAAGUCCGUUUCCCCUUGGCAUGAUUUCCCACUCAAUGCAGGGCCAGGCCAGUUCUACUUCGUCACUGAGAUUCCAAAGAUGACAACCGCGAAGUUUGAGGUGCAGCUGGAAUUGGAGGGAAACCCAAUCAUGCAGGACACGAAGAAGGGCAAGCCGCGACACUAUGCUGGCCCCAUGUUCUGGAACUACGGCAUGCUGCCACGCACCUGGGAAGAUGAUAAUGACGAGAUGGAUGAUGACGAGGGUUUCACAGGCGACGGUGAUCCAUUGGAUGUUGUGGAAAUUGGUUCUCGGCAACUGGGCUUGGGAAGCAUUAGCAAGGUCAAGCCACUAGGUGCUCUGGCACAAAUCGACGAGCACGACCUCGACUGGAAGAUCAUUGCAAUCAAUGUUGAGGACCCUUUGGCUGCCGAGUUGAAUGACAUCACAGACGUGGAGCUCAAGUUGCCAGGAGUCGUUAGCGGCAUUCGCGAGUGGUUCAGGUGGUACAAGACGCCGGACGACAAAGCUCCGAACAAGUUCGCGUACAAAGAGAAGGCCUUCGGGCAAGCAGAGGCCCUCAAGGUGAUCCAGAAGUGCCACGAAUCAUGGAAGAAGCUGCUGGAUGGUGGGUCUAAGCCUGGCCGCAAGUGGGUGCCUGGGCACUUGUCCUUGCGGGAGAAGACCUUUGCCAUGAUCAAGCCCGACGCCGUGAAGCGAGGCGUCCUGGACGAGGUUACGCGCAGAAUUACCCAGUCCGGCUUGAAGAUUCUUCGCAAGGAGCAGAGGCAGCUGACAUCUGAUGAAGUGAAGAAUUUUUACGUGGAGCAGCAGGACAAGUUCUUCUUUCCAAAGCUCGUCGAGUACAUGACCAGUGGCCCGGUCGUGAUCAUGGAGCUUGAGGGAGUCAAUGCUGUGAAGGUGUGGGACAAGUUGAAGGGGCCAACCGAUCUGAAGAAGGUGAACAAGGAGGCUCCACAGUGCCUGAGAUCACUUUUCGGAAUGGACCCAACGCGAAACGGCUUCCAUGGCAGUGAUUCCAUUUCGGCAGCUGCACGAGAGCUUGGAUUCUUCUUCCAUGCCGAUGAGUUCCGUGCGAAGAUGGUCAAGAAAGGAAUGAGUUCGGCCUUCAUCAAAUGGUGGAUGGACCUUUACCAGCGAUUGUGCGGUGGAAGCAAGGGGAUCGUGCGCGAGAGCAAGAUUCUGCCAGCAUCGAAUCCCAAAUGCCUGACACAGAUCCUGCCGGCCAGUGCCGCAACGCUGGGAAAGACGGUGGUGAUGCGCCUCAACGGUGGUCUCGGCACCAGCAUGGGCCUGGAUAAAGCCAAGAGUCUGCUUAAGGUGAAGGAUGAAGAAACUUUCAUGGACCUCAUCGUAAAGCAAAUCAUGCAGAUUCAGGAAAAGCAGCCGAUGCGCUUUAUGCUUUACAAUUCCUUCUCGACCGAGGCAGAUACGAAAGAGUUCAUGAGAAAGUAUCCGGAAGUCUUGGCAAAGUGGGACUCUGUGUCAUUGCUCCAAGGCAUGGCUCCAAAAGUGGACGCAGAGACGUACAAACCCGCAGAAUGGCCAGAGAAGCCGAGUGCUGAGUGGUGUCCACCCGGACAUGGUGACUUGUUCCUCACCCUUGUCACCUCUGGAACCCUGGAGCGUCUCUUGAAGGAUGGCUACAAGUACAUGUUCGUCGCGAAUAGUGACAACCUCGGUGCCUCGGUCGACUUGCGAAUGCUUGGGCACCUGGAGCGCUCCAAAGCGCCCAUGCUCAUGGAGGUUUGUGUGCGUGGCGAGGCAGACCGCAAGGGUGGCCACCUGGCACGGAUCGUAGAGAAUGAGAAGGAGAAGAAGGAUGACAAGAAAGAUGACAAGGGCAAGGAGAGCGGUGGCAGGCUGACGCUCCGAGAAAGUGCUCAAGUAGCUGGAGCAGACGAGAAGGAUUUCCAGGAUGUAAGCAAGCACCAGUAUUUCAACACCAACAACAUCUGGCUGAAUUUGGAGAAGCUUCAGGAAAUCUUGAAGAAGGGGCCCCUCAAGCUUCCCUUGAUUGCCAACGGGAAGCGAGUGGAUCCCUCCAGCAAGCAAGACCCGGGUUUCGAGGUCAUUCAGGUGGAGACAGCCAUGGGUGCCGCAAUUUCGCUUCUGCCUGGGGCAGAGGCGAUUCUUGUUCCACCUUCUCGCUUUCUUCCGGUGAAGAACAACUCGCAACUGGCUGUACUGAGAGGGGCCGCCUACACGAUUGGCGCAAACUACACCUUGGUACGACGCCCUCAGUCUAUUUCCUCGCAGCCAAAUAUGAAGAACCGACUGCAGGCGGUUUUCGUGACCUCCGAGGCAGCACCGUUCUCGACCACCGGCGGUCUUGGAGAAGCCAUGGACGGUUUGCCAAAGGCCAUGGCAAAACUUGGUCAUCGUGUCAUGGUGAUUGCCCCGCGCUACGACCAGUACUUCGAAGCGUGGGACACAGGCUUCUGGAAGCAGAUUGAGAUGGGAGCGCACAAGGAAACACUCCACUUCUUUCAUGCCUUCGUGGAAGGUGUCGACUAUGUGUUCGUCGACAAUCACAUGUUCCUUGGCAAAAUCCCGACAAAGACCGAAGGCCGACUCUACGGCAACGGAAAAGAUGCGGACUUUGAGGAUAACCAAUUCCGCUUUGCAUACUUCUGUCGCGCAGCGGUAGCAGCCAUCCGUGAGCUUCCACUGGGUGGCUUCCCCUAUGGCCAAGGUAGCGUUGUUGUUGCAAACGACUGGCACAGCGCUGCCGUGCCAAUGCUGAUCCACAUGGAAAGGUCUAGGGAUGCGACAAUGUGGGCGCAGACCAAGGUCCUGUUCUGGUGCCAUGACAAGGCCUUCCAAGGCAACUUCCCCCGCACGGAGGACUUAGCAGAGGUUUAUGGCAUGAUGCCGAGCUACCUUGACAGCAUUACCUUCGGAAAGGCUGGAGCUCCGUACAUCAGCCUGGUGGCAUCUGGUCAACGUUAUUCAGACAAGGAUGUUGAGACAAGCCAGGCACUGGCAACUUCUGGCCUCGCACCCACUCCUCCAAAGGAUAUGAGCUGGGAGCAGGCCGCUCGAGAGUGUGCGGCUGCAUUGGGGCAUCUCAAGCGCUAG